UUGAGGGUGAUUUGUGGUGCUCUGGGAUAUAUCAAGAAGUUUCUCACUUGGGGAAACACUAAGAUGCUCCAGCCUCCCAUGGUGUUAGACCCUGCUUAUCUGGACGAACUAGGGCAUUGGCAGGACAUUGAUGACUUGCUGUACGACCCAAAAUGGAGAAUCCUACUAUUCUUGCAUGCACCAACCAGCUUGGAAGCCACCAUUGAGUUUCUCUGUUCUCUCCGCUUCCUCAACAAUGGAGAAGAGGCAAAGUCAGUAGUCGAAGUCACCUCCACUACAAAGGUCACAUUCACUCUGAUGGGUCGACUGUUGAACCUAACUGUGCCGGACUUAGGGUGUUUGAUCGGUCUAUACAUGCUUGAUGAAACUCGGAGCCUGGCCUUUGCCAAUCUGCCCGACCAGUUGGACCCAGAAUUCAAUGUUAAGAAGUUUUGGCAAGCUCACGGGCAUGGACAAUUUCACAGUGGAGCAAGCUUGGCUAUGAAUUGGGCGCGUCCGUCUUGGAGAACUUUGCACCAUGCAUUGGCUCAUAGCUUUUUCGGCUGUUCUCACGAACCUGACGUGUCUACUUGCGAUCGUCAGUUUGUUUCGUGUGGGCCAAUGGUUACACUCCUGGCCCGAGGAUUACGUAUGGCAGUUACCGAUGUUCUUCCAGAAGCUGCGAGCAUGUUCCGACCACCGAUAGGGUAUUUAGCCCUGAUUGCCAAUAAUAAGGAAGACAAGGAGGCACAUCCAAGACGGCAGCACACCAUUCCUAUGUCUCUUCGCGAGCUUUCUAAGGCUAUUGGUUAUUACGGCCCGCCUUCUUACUACGAAUCACCCUACCGCCCUCCGUUUCAAACCCAUCCACGUUACCACCCGCAUCAGAACCCAUACGACAAUGACUACCAAGUCAACAAUGGGUCUGACUACCAUCCCUACCAUGAGGAACCACCAUAUGAUACCCCAUCUGAGAACUUUGGAUAUUCUCCGUACCAAGACUCUGAUGGGGAAGACUAUUAUGAACCUCAUGGUGAUCACGAUGACUAUAACUGCAAUGGGCCUAUAUACGACGAUCAACCUGAUCCGCUCGUCGAAGAAAUUCGAAGAUUAGAACAGAAAAUCUUCUAUUUCGACGAACUUUUUUCCGCUGAAGGCUCCUGGUAUGAACCAUCCUACUGCCGUGACUACACCCUGUUUGCUGAAGAACAAAUCGAAGCAAACAAGGUGGCAAUUCGAGAAAGAGCAAAACUUCUCGAAUCAGUCCGGAAGGAAAAGGAGUUCGAAAGGAGAUUAUGCCAAAUAUCAGAUAUGAUUCAGAAAAUGCUGGAUGACUUCCAAAGAGAGAGACUAGAAGUUGAGGCUAAGGCUGAAAAAUUAGUCAAUGAUCUCUGUAGGGCUAUUGAGCUUAAACGCUCCCUCCAAUCUCAAGAUCAAAUGAGGGAGGUUAAUGCUCAAAACGAGGCUCUAGAACCUAAGACCAACCCUAAACCAUUCAACCAUCAGGUUCCAAAUCUAGAAGAUUCACCCAGUUUUUCACCAUCACAGAAACCCGAGAGCAUAACAACUCUCGCUAGGGCUACUGUGGUGAUGUUACCUGAAUGUCCUCCUAGCCAAGUCUCAACCAGCAUAGUCGUACAAGAGGUGGAACCAACUGAGGGACCUGACUCAAAACCACCUAGGCUUAUUCAAGAAAAGAAGGAGGAGGAAGCUAUGGCAAUAAACGACCAUCUCCUUAAUUGUGUUGAAGGCACACCUCCAGAGGAACCUGUUCUGGAGGACAUAGAGCCCAUUACAUGCCUCCAAGAUACCAAUGUCCAAGAGUCCGAGCAGGAAUCUACAAGCGAGGAAAUACUUUGCAUAGAAAAGCCAACUCUGUCUAUAGAAACCUAUGUACGUAAUGCUUCAUCUGAAGACUCAGACCAAACCUUCUUUGACUCCCUACUUGACGGGUGUGACGAUGUCUGCCCGAAGGAUGGUUGGAGCUUAAGGAGUUGGGAUGAACUUCUGAUGAGUGACACUGAAGACUCUUCCAUGGGGGAAAGCAUGGUCGUAAUCAUCAAACCACAAAUGGAUAGUCAGCCGAUUGAAGAUAAGGAAGAAAUCAAUUUCGCAAUUAAGGCUAAUGAUGUGGAUCAACUGAGGAGACUUCCGCCACCACCCACCUAUCUAGAGUCUCCUCCUUUUAUCCUGUUGCCGCCAAGCUGCAGGGACGAGUCAAGGAUCUUGGACCUUGACCGGGCAACAAAUCAAACAAGGUGGAACCAGAAGAGAGUCAGAAGGGCCAAACUUUAUGACUCUCGGAUCGGGAAGUCGCGGAAAAAGUGGGAGCUGAUGAGGAUUUACAUCCAAUCCACCAACUUUCUCCUUUGGAAAAUUAUAAAAAAUGGUGAGGACGUGCCAAUGAAGAAGGUCGAGGAAACCAACGUCCCUAAGACCGAGGAUGAAUAUGAUGCACAAGACAUCAAGAAGGUGGAAAACAAUGCCAAGGCCAUCAACAUCAUCUAUUGUGCCGUUAACCCGGAUGACUACCGAAAGAUUUCUUUUUGCACCACCGCAAAGGAAAUGUGGGACAAACUAGAAAUCACCUACGAAGGUACGGAUCAAGUCGGAGAAGCUAAAAUUGAUUUUCUAACCCAUGAAUAUGAAUUGUUUUGUAUGAAGGAAAACGAGAAAAUCAAUGAGAUGUUUGAACGAUUAUCCAAAAUCGUCAAUGAUCUUCAUGCUCUCAAGAAGACGUACACGGACAAGGAGCUUGUGAGAAAAAUCCUGCGAAGUCUCACACCGGAGUGGCGCUCCAAAGCCGAUGCCAUUCAAGAGUCCAUCGGCAUCACCAACGUCACCAUUGACGGACUUAGAGGUAACCUCAAAACCUAUGAGUCCACCAUUCUAUUCCCUUCUUUAGGUGAACAAAAGAAGAAGGGGAUUGCACUCAAGGCUACCUCAAGCCAAGAACCUGCCAUGGAAGAAUCAAGCGAUGAGGACAACGAGUUCGGGAUCGUCAUGAAAAAGUUCCACAAGUUCAUGCGAAAAGAGUAUGAACGAAAGGGAAAAAAGCAUGGAGGACCACCCAAGUGCUAUGGGUGUGGAGAAGUUGGGCACAUCAAGCCAAAAUGCCAAAAACGAGAAGGAGAAGAAAAUGUUCAAGAAACACCGAGCCUACAUCUCAUGGGGAGUAAGGCUUAUAGAGUCUUCAACAAACGCACCUUAACCGUUGAGGAAUCUUCUCAUGUUGUCUUUGCCGAAAAUGAUGGUCGCUUGGCGAGAAAGGUUUCUUGUGAUGAUCUUAUAGAUUCGUUCGAAAACAUCUAUCUCAACGACGAUGACGAAGUAGACAACUCAAAGGAAAGCCAAGAUGAAGAAGUAGAGCCACCCGUAAACGAGGAACAACCACAAGAGGAGGAAACGCCAAUGCCAAGGGCAUGGAGGACUUCAAAGAACCAUCCUCUUGAGGACACAGUAGGAGGUCAAAGAAAGCGUUCCCGCAACGGCAAGAACGCCGCCUCCUCCUCGGCUCCUCCACCACCAGCGCACCAAUACCUCGACGGAUCUUUCUUAUGGUUCAACAACCGCGCAGAGGCGACGCGGUUCUCGGAGAAGUUUGAGCACCGGGAAAUUCUCCCUCCCCGAUUCUCCACCGCCUGCUUCAUGCAUGACUCCAUUCCACGUGAGGCACAGGUUAUCCUCGAACGUGGAAACUUCCUCGACCUCCUCUACAUCAAGAAGGCUCAUUAUCACUCCUUUCUUGUUCGAGCCUUCUACUCGAACUUGAAAAAGGCUGAGGACGGAGCUUUGAUCUCUAACGUCAACAGGGUGGACAUUUACUUGAAUGAGGAAAACAUUCAAAUCCUCACCGGGCUUCGUCGGGACAGACAGGAUCUCGGGCUCUACGUCGGAGAAGAAAGAGCACGGUUCAAUGAGACCGCUCUCUUGGAGGAAGUGGGCAUCCGACACUUCGUCCCUACUCCCCAACAGCGGAGCCCUACGAUUGCUUCCACGAGUCCCGUGUUUCGAUUCAUUUUUUAUGUUUUGACACGGAUUCUCAAUCCUAGGAAGUUCAAUCACACCACUCUCUCCCAGGAGGACACGAAGACAAUUCAUGCGAUGAUUCACAACGCCAAUCUCAAUUGGUGUAAAUUUGUGAUGACUCACAUGUUCACCGCCACCUCCGACAAUCGGUCGCUCCCCUACGCCCUCCUCGUCAUGGCGAUUCUUGAAGAUUAUAACAUCAAAACCGAUGUUGGGCCUAAGACAAAGGGGACAAAGCACUGGGAGAUUGACGAGUCUUCCUUCCACCCGAGAACCGAUGAUGCUACGUUCCCGCAGCCUCGUCCUCACCGCCAACCGAGAGCCAUAGCCUCAACUGCCACCACUUUGACCAAUCCUUCUCUCGCCGAGCAAAUGGCAGCCUUGACAGCUACUCUCUCUCGGAUUGACACCAACGUCUCCAAAACGGCACACAACGUCAAUAUCUGUAGCCGUGAGCUUCACGGGUAUUUUGACUUUGUCAAUUACCCGUACGCUCAAAUGGUCCCCUAAAUUCCUCCACCGAAUUUCGGAGCCUCCCGAGAGACUCUCUCGAGCUACACUACUUCCGUUAAGCUUACGGGUGCUUAACAAACCGUUACAACCUGAGAACUCGAGUCCCACGAGCCUCAACAACACUUGCUCGGAGAUACCGCACUCCAAGACUUCAACCCGAAGGAAAAUACCUUUCCUUCGUACAACCAAGGGAAACAAGCUUCCCUUAACGUGUAUACAACACUAAGACACUCAAGAACAAGACUCUCUUUAAGAGUAGAUGUUGAGUAAACUAUGUACGCUCAAGAACAACUCAACCUUCACACAAAAUGGCUCUAGCAAGCUAUGGAAAAUGAUGAUAUUUGAGUGCAAUGAAAGUAUGAAUGUUGU